UGUUUAAACCAUAUGCUAGAGUCACCAUCAUAAUGCUAGAAUAAGCACAGGCCUGGUAGCCUAUCAGUCAUCCUGCCUGUGUAUGCAGUCCUUGUGGAAAUACGCAGAGCAGUUGCAUAUGCAGUCGCUUCCGCGCGCACGUGCAGCGCAGACCGCAGCAGUGACGGGUCCGAGCGGCGCGAGGUGGUCUCCGCCCCUGCUGCUUUCAGAUUCCUCUAAAGCUCUACAUCUCUGGACAUCUCGGGGACACACUGCACUACUCUGAGCACUGAGGGGAAGGAAGCAUUGAUCCGCGGGCGCAGGAGGCGCUAUCAGUGGUGAGUGAAGACCAGUCUCUGUUCGAGCCUCCCUACGCUGCUGCUGCCCCUCUACCCAAAACAGACAUGACAGCAUCCAGCACACAGGAUUACGGACAGCAACACAAGAUCAAUCCCAUCCCACCUCAGCAGGAGUGGAUCAAUCAGCCCGGCCGCAUUAACGUAAAACGCGAAUACGACCACCUCAACGGAACCAGAGAAUCCCCGGUGGACUGCAGCGUGGGGAAAUGCAAUAAGCUGGUGAGCAGCUCAGACACGUCGCAGAUGGGUUACGGAGGCUACAUGGAUGAGAAGAGUGCCCCGCCCCCAAACAUGACCACCAAUGAGAGGAGAGUCAUUGUUCCGGCAGAUCCAUCUCUGUGGUCCCCUGAUCAUGUACGGCAGUGGCUAGACUGGGCUGUAAAAGAGUAUGGCCUCCUAGAAAUCGACACAGCCAUGUUCCAAAACACGGAUGGCAAGGAACUGUGUAAGAUGAGCAAAGAGGAUUUCCUGAGACUCACCACUGUCUAUAAUGCUGAAGUCCUGCUCUCACAUCUUAAUUACCUCAGGGAAAGUAGCUCAUCACUAUCAUAUAAUACGCCAUCUCACACUGACCAGUCUCCUCGUCUGCCUGCCAAAGAAGAUGCCUCAUAUGAUGCUGUACGGAGGACAGGCUGGUCAAACAACAUGCACAGUGGUAAAGGCUCCCCGACUGUGGUCUCACAGAAUGUAUCUAAGAGCACUGAACAAACUCGGCCUCAGCCAGAUCCAUAUCAGAUCUUAGGACCAACAAGCAGUCGACUUGCCAACCCAGGCUCAGGCCAGAUCCAGCUCUGGCAGUUCCUCUUGGAGCUACUAUCUGACAGUGCCAAUGCUGGCUGUAUCACGUGGGAAGGGACCAACGGCGAAUUCAAGAUGACCGACCCAGACGAGGUUGCACGGCGCUGGGGAGAGCGCAAGAGCAAGCCCAACAUGAACUAUGACAAGCUGAGCCGUGCACUGCGCUACUACUAUGACAAAAACAUCAUGACCAAGGUGCACGGCAAGCGAUACGCCUACAAGUUCGACUUCCAUGGCAUCGCCCAAGCCCUGCAGCCUCACCCCACUGAAUCUUCCAUGUACAAGUACCCGUCUGACUUGGCCUACGUGCCUCCUUACCACGCUCACCAGCAGAAGGUCAACUUCGUCUCGCCGCACCCACCUUCCAUGCCAGUCACUUCAUCUAAUUUUUUUGGCCCUUCUAACCCUUACUGGAGCUCCCCUACGGCAGGCAUCUACCCCAGCGCCAGUGUGCCAAGACAUCCCAACACUCACAUGCCCUCCCACCUGGGCAGUUACUACUAAAUCCCAGCAGUUUGCUCUAGAAGCCACAUGCCAACCCCAAGCUGCACUCAGAAGGAAGGCAAAUUGAAAAAGAAGAGAAUGAAAAAGGACAAAGUAUGACUAAUUUUGUAAAAUGAAGGAGAAUCAGGGCUAAAUUCACUAAAGCAAGGAACUGUUUGAAGAAGGGAAAAAAGAAAGGGGAAAGAAUGAACCAAAAACUGGAUGUUGCAUUGAUCCACUUCGAAAUGGAGUACUACUUAUUCACAGGACAAGUAACUGUUUGUUUUUUGUCUGUUUGUCUAGAGUGUAUUUUUGUUUCCACAUGUUUUUGUGUCUUUCUAUCCCUGUAAACAGUAUGGGCCAAAGCAUCCCCUCGACAUACAUGCACCUACGCAACAUGGAUUCAAACGCUCACAAAUUCCACAGCUGUAAAUGGUCUUGGUGUGCAAAUGUGAAAUGUUUCCAGUCCCACUAUUGGGGCAUAUCCUAUGCCAUGCUAGAGUUUAGACAAGCAUUAUAGCACAAAAAAUCAAAAUGAAAUGACAAAUCAAGAAUCACUGUGACACUGUAACAACAUUCUCUCUGCUAAUACAGACAAUAUUAACAUUCCAAUGCUUUCAGGAAAAUGGGGUCUGAUCAUCUAUCUAUUUUGUUCAUGGACUCCUCUAAAACUCUUCUAAAAAUGAAAUCGCAUCACAGGAGGGAUACCUGGCAGCAAAAAAAUAUAUAUAUAUAUAUAUAUAUAUAUAUAUAUAUAUAUAUAUAUAUAUAUGGCAACUGGAAGGUUCAGGUUCAGCCAUUUCUCUCUCACUCUUCCUCCUAACUGGAAUUCUGACACAUUGGCCAUUGCUGAGGAAAACAAUUGUAGGUUUGCACAGAGUUUUGUCCGUGUCAGUCACCACAAUCCCAAAGAUAAAAUUCCCAGCAGCUCUCUCUUGCCAGUAAUAUUCUAUUGGCUAGCCAAAGUGUCAAUCACCACAAUCUCAAAAGUAACAUUCCUAUAAAGUAGGAAAGUCAAUAAAAGGCUGACAUUGAUUCCUAUGAAUUUCAGUGUAAUGUAGCACUCCAUGGGCGAAAGAUGAUCACCUGCCAAAGGCUCGUGGUUGGUCAUGUGAAAACCAAUCAAACAUUGUAAAAGACGAACAUGCAGUAUUUAAAGCCAAACCACGGAGUCAGUGCUGAUGUGAAAACUGCCUGUGAAGCAGACGAUAUAUUUUAAUCCACUUAGUGUUAAUUUCGAAAGCAGCCCAAAGUGGUUUUACUUUCGCCGCUGUACCUCACUGUGUUUAUAAGGAAACAUUUGUAUUUCUAUCUUAUCUGCCAGUAAAAAUUCAAUCAACUAUAGCUCAUCUCACAAAUGUUACUUAAUCAUCAUUACAUGUUAAAUGAUGUUCCUGAACACAGUAACUUUGUUUUAUUAAGUCAUUACCUGAAGCUACUUAAAUCACUGAACAGUUGAAUGUGGACAUUAUGCAAAGUACCUCUUUAAAAAAAUUGAAUGAAUUAAACAAGUUAACAUUUAAAACAACACAAAAGGUUGAAACCAGUGUGAUCCUCAGAUUCGCGAACGCUGUGCGUUUGUCAGACCUAUUUGCUAUUAUUUUUUAAUCAACGGUCAACUAGGCAUUAAAAGCAUCUUACUGUAUAAAUUAUGCAGAGUUAUUUUCAUAUGUGACAGUAUUAAAAGAUCAAGAGAAUGAAUACGAGUUGACCUCGGUCAAAUGCAAACUUUUUUAAGCCGGUGUUGAAGGUAGUAUGUACAGCAUUAGUGUUUUGUAUCUGUACAUUUGGGCAAUAAAUUUAUGAAUGUUUUUGUUUUUGUAAUGUGCUCUGUGCCUUGUCGUAAUGAGGCGAAAGUAUUUGAUUUGUUUUGUUUUUCUUCUUCUUUAACGAUACCACAAAUGCCUUGUAGAAAAUCAUUUGUUUUAUAGACCAGAAUUGUAAUACUGUAAGUGCCAAAAUAACAAUACUUUUCCUGCUAAAGCUUCAAAUCCCAAAGUUCAAACGUGCCUCACAAAUGAUUGCAGGGUCUAAAAUUAGACAGGUUUGAUAUUCCCAUGCUUGAAUUUUCCUAACUGUAGAAGUAGAGCAAUACACAGUUUAAAUAAAUGAAUAAAUAAAUACCCAACCCAUCCUCUUUUCAAAAUAUCACUAUCUAAUGAAGGAAUUGUGCUAUUUCAUAUAUGCAAUGUAUUUUGAAUAUUAAAUAUAUGAAUUUAUAUAAAAAUAUAUAUAAUUUUGCAAUUAUUCUUUUUUUUUUACUUUUGUUGUUCCUGCAAUGUAUUAUUACCUUUUAUAAAAGGGCUAUGUAGAUAAAUGUGAUGAAAAAUAAAUGUUUUUACAUUUUAAACUA